AUGACACACGAUACGCAUUUGCCCCGGCUUCAGACUACUAGCAGCAUGGGCUCAUGGUUUCUGCAUGCCCCCAUUGUUGAAAAUUGGGACUCGCCUGGGUGUCCGAUUUUGCUGCCACGUAACAUCGCCCAAUUACAAGACUGGCUAGCGGGCAAUGCGAGCAGCGGCGGAACAGACCCUGAGCGCGGCCCAACCAUCAGGGACAUAGGUCUCUAG